AUGACUGUCAAGGAUGUAUUGAAGACUGAUUCUGAUUGCUGCAGCACAGCAACUUCACUACCAUACAGAACAGAUCAUCAUGAUCGCUCCAGCUGUGAUAUUCUUGUCACCAUUGACAAAUCUGAAAGAGAUUUUCAGGUGACAAAAGAUGAGUUAAUUUUGAGUUUGGGAGUUCUAGAGAAACAUACAAAACUGAAGAGUGUGUAUAGAAAAUCUUACACAACCUCUGAAGACCGAGAAAAGCUUCAAAAUUUCUUUAUGUAUAAAUAUGGCUUGAAGAUAAAAAGGGGAGGUAACCCGAAUGAGAAUUUCGCUUGGUAUGGUGCUCCGAAGGAGCAGAUUUUCAACAUACUUCGUCAUGGUUUUGUUAAUCCCGUAAUGAAUGAGACGCAUGGCCGAGGCAUCCAUCUCACUCCAUCCAAGUUGCUCCUCAACUGUUUGAAAUCCACGAUUCCUGAUGCAGAAGGGAUGCAACAUCUCCUGUUUUGCAGGGUGUUGCUGGGGAAUGCAGAAGUUGUUCAACCAGGUUCUACUCAAUGCUAUCCAAGUUCUGAAGAGUUUGAUUCUGGGGUUGACAGUUUAGUUUCUCCAACAAAGUACAUUAUCUGGAAUACCCACAUGAAUGCCCAAAUUUUACCCGAAUUUAUGAUCAGUUUCAAUGUACUGUCAACAACUAAAAAAAUAGAAAUACCUGCACAUAUUUCAGCACUAUUGUUUGAACUUUCACUUAUGUUGCCUCAUGACAAGCAAUCGAUAGCAAAGUACCAAAAGGACACCGAAGAGGGGAAGAUAACAGUGAAAGAACUCCGACGGCAUUUGAGAAAUCUAGCAGGAGACACACUGCUGGUGCAAGCCAUUAAAUCCUACCAGAAUAAGCAGAAGAAAAGGUUAACUUUCUCACCGCACAAGUCCUCAAGCAGCUAUUGA